AUGAAUGAAUUUCCCGAAGAUGCUCCUUCAUCAUCGGUAUCCAUCAAUACUUCUUGUAAUACUCUCAAUGUUGCAAUGUCUUUGGGAGUGCAGUUCUCCACUCCUACAAAUAUGAUGAUCCCUAAUAAUCAUAAUGAAUUAAAGAAUGAGAAAUCAACAAUUUCUUCACUUGACUUUAACAUUUCAAACUUAUCGGAAAAUCGUAUUACAAAGAAUGAUUCAUCAACCUCAUCACCAUCAUUACAACUUCCGACACUCCUUUCCAAUACAACAUCCGUAUCACCCAGAUCUCCCCGAAAAUUAUUACCGCAACCCAUGAACAUCACUAAUAAUACAGAAUACAUUUCAAAAUCACCCAAAAAGAUUUCUAAAGUUAAACACUUACCUCGUGUAAAUAGUAUAUUUAAAUAUAUUCAAGGAGAAUUGGAUUUAAAUUCGAGAAUAGCUUCUCUGUUACACAAAUCACCUGUAAAAACACCAUUAUCGGCCAAUCAAUUAUUUAGUGAGGCUUUAGUGGGAAGUAGAGCGGAUUUACCUAACAAUGUUGCAACUCCAACUUCAACAACCAUAAAUACCAUUUCGAGCGAGCCUUCUUCCAGGUUGAAUGAAGAAAAAUCAUCAGCAAGUUUGAAGAAGCUCACUUACGGAGAAGAAAUACGAAGGAGUAUUUACAACUUCAUUGAAGUUCCUUUCAUGUUGGAACAAUAUUUAUUUUUCGGAUUUUUCAUUUGUUUUGAUUCAUUGCUGUUUCAUUUCACAUUUUUCCCUUUGAGAAUUAUUUUUGCCUUAAUUGGUUUACUGACAAGAGGGAUUACAAAACUGAGCAAUUCGAGUGUUUGUGAUUUACUCAAACUAUUUGCUCUUGCUGUGAAUGUAUAUAUUGUAUUUAUUACUAUAGAUUAUUCUCUAUUGUAUCAUGCAAUUAGGGGAGAGAGUGUACUAAAACUGUUUAUGCUGUAUAAUAUGUUGGAGAUUUUUGAUCGUCUAUGCUCGGCUUAUGGUCAAGAUUCUAUUGUAUCCAUGAUAUUCACUUCAACAGAUCCAAAAUUUAAAACUCAAACUGACAGUUAUGGAAAACGAAAAUUAAUAUUUAACGCAGUAUUCUCCUUUAUGUCACAUCUUGUCUACUUGUAUAUACACACAAUGGUAUCUCUGUUGAGAAUUAUCACCCUAAAUAUUGCUCUAAAUUCUCGAAAUCAAUCCCUUCUCACUCUUUUAAUUUCUACUAACUUUGUUGAGCUAAAGGCCAGUAUAUUUAAAAAAUCAGUGAAAGAAGCUCUCUUUCAAUUAUCUUGUACAGACAUUGUUGAGCGUUUUGAAAUGGUCGUAUUUAGUGUAGUGAUUUUCUUUCAAAAUUCACUAUACAGUGGGGAGUAUGAAAUUGAAGAAUUUCUACAAAUUAUUUUUACGAUAAUAUCCUCUGAAAUGAUUGCAGACUCUAUUAAGCAUGCUUUUAUUUGUAAAUUUAACAAAAUUAAUUGUGAAACAUAUGAUAAUUAUAUUCUCAAAUUGUCCUCAGAUUUGACAAGCAUGACUCAUUUUGAUUCUUUUCUUGAUAAUACAAACAUUGUGGCAAGAAGAGUUGGCUUUGUUGAGGGUCCUCUUAUUUGUGUGGUUUUGAGAAUGUUUUUGGAAUCUAUGGAAAGAAGAUGGGAAUUCAUUAGAUCGAAUACUGCGCUUUGGACGUUUGUGACCAUUUUAUUUACCUAUAUAUGUCUGUUUUUGUUAAAAGUUCUAAUCUCUAUCAUGGUCGUAGGUCAUGCUGCAAAAAGAAUCACAAAUAGUCGCAAAAAAUAA